AUGGCCGGGGAACUUCAUCUCCAUCAAGAUGCAAUCUUGAACCCCGACUACAUCAGCGGAUUACCUGACCCCCUAAUUGGUCACAUCCUGUCUUUCAUGAGCACAGUUGAUGCCGUCAAGACCAGCGUUUUGUCCAAGCGGUGGCAUUCCGCUUGGACCUUCAACCCGUCCAUGGAUUUCUUUCUACGUCGGGGCAGCAGCCGGCGGUAUUCCAAUUUUGUGGAUUUCGUGGACGGGGUACUCUGCACCGCACCUCGGGUGAGAAAAUUCAUCCUCCACGCACCUUGGGUCCCGUUGAUUGAGUCGGUUCUCGGUAGAUGGCUCGAAUAUUCAGUGCGCCACGGGGUGGAAGAGGUUUCCGUAUCGUUUUUCCUCCGGCGUUAUAGCAUGUAUCGUUUACCCGGUUGUUUGUUCCGCUCCAGCACGUUAGUGGAUUUGCGAUUGUCUGUCCAGAGAGCCGAUUUUUCUGCAUUGAAUUCUGUUGAUUUGCCUUCUCUGGAGAGAUUGUCCAUUCAAUUUGGGGAGCUCAAGAACGAUGCGCUGGCGAGUCUUCCGAGGGGCUGCCCUGUUCUUCAAUUUCUGGAAUUGAAAAGCUGUCAAGACUUCUCGUGCGUCGUGGUUCUAACCGGAGGUUUUAGAGAGAUCCUUAUAGAUUCUCACAUGUUUGAAUGCGAUAAACCUCGAAUCCCGAGUAUUUCGGCUCCCCACGUUCUAAACUUGCGCUUGUUGGGCGGUUCCUCUACGAAGGAGUUCGCAGUGGAUGAACUAAAGUCUUUAGUUCGGGCCGAGCUGGAUUUCUACAUGACUAGUCCUACAAUCAAUCAGACCGAUCGCAAUCUAGUCAAGAAGCUUCUCCACAGCCUGUGUCACGUCACCAAAUUGGUUCUAUCAAUUGCGGAAGACGUGGAAGAUGUGCCGUUUUUGUUGCCAAAUUGCAAGUCCCUAACUCUGAAUGCGCGAAUGCAUUAUCGGGAUUUUCCUGGUAUAGCGAUCCUGCUAGCAAUCUCGCCUAAUUUGGAGGAGCUAUCGAUAAAUGCUGAUUAUGUUGACUACACUAGGGCCACGGUCAAGUGUGAUUCAGUGGUUGGAAACGGUGAUGAAGAGGAUUAUUGCUGUCAGAAGUUGUGUGUCGGUCUGGCUCAACAGCUAAAGAGGGUUGAGAUUGUUGGGUUAGACACCGACUGUCUAGAGCUAAAAUGGGUGCUUUACUUGGUGAAGUAUUUGCUGGGUGAUGCACUCGCAUUGGAGAAGUGGGUCCUAAAAGCUAAACGACGGCAUGAAUCGAGAGAAAAGCUUGUUAAUCCUGGCAAAUUGCUUGAGUUCUACCAGCAACUCCUAUGCCUCCCAAGAGCUUCAACGAAUGCUGAACUGAUUUUACAAGGCGUUCAGCAUGACGAGCAGAAAGGCAAGUAG